AUGAGCUGAAAGGCGCAGAUUGAUGAGUCGCUUUGGUUGAUCAUGGGAGUUUUUUCAUGUCUAAGGCUGAUAUGGUUGUUGUUUAUAGCAUACCAGACAUCUGCCUGCAGCUCUCAGAAAUUUUCCCCACAGUACUUCGAAGUAUCUUCAGUGCUGACCCCUGGCCACUCUGAAUUCGAGCAGCACGCUACUGAAUUCUGGACUUACGAUCGAGCUUCUGGCGCUUGGUUGAAAGUGGAUAUCAGUAAGUUUACUAGAAAGAAUCCAAGGGACAACAACGGAGAAAUCAAGAGGGCAGCAACAGAUACUGAGACUGAGUUUAUUCAUCCUUACAGUGGAAGGGUCUCCCUGAUAAAAUUUACUGAAGUAUCUCUCUGGAGCAGUGGCCACAGCGGGUCUAUUUACGAGAGGCUAUGGAAUGGAGUCCAGUGGGUGAUCAUUCCACAUGAUUUACCGGACUCAGCAGGGUAUGGAACUGGCGUUUACUCUGUCAACCGAACUAUGCUAACUCUCUCCGAUUCUGGAAGAUUGUACCAGCUUCAGAUAGAUGCAGAAGGACAUCUUCACUGGGCAAGCUCGGGGCCCUGGCCGUCUUCAACGCCCUCUACGGAAUCAAGCAGCAUAUUUCUAAAAAAGUCUGCAUUUUUGUCUAGUGAUGGAAGCUCUCUGUUCUUCACUACAGCAGAUGGUUGGCUAGCAGAAUUAUGGUCCCUCAGUCCUGUGAGGUGGACAAACCAUGGUCAUCCUCGUGGGGGCGAUGUAGGCCAUGUAGUCGAUGCUGGAGGUUUUAGAGCCGGGGUAAUUUUUACUGUCAGCACAAAUGGCGACCUCUAUGAAUACGAUGCAAACGCGAAGCCCGCUUGGAGAAAGCACAUUCGAGACGGCUCAUCUGUUGAAGACUACGAGUUGGCACCCGUAAGUGGAUUUUCAGCUCGUGAUUUUGCAGGGAGCCGCACUUUCUCUCUUUUUCUCUUGACAAAGAACGGACUUUUGGUGGAAAGACGACUUGCUCAAGCAAAAUGGCGCUGGGUGCUGCAUGCAAAGCCGCCGAAUGCUCGCCUAAGCUUGUCUCUAGGACCUGUGUUUACUGUGAAGAAUGGAAACACCAAGAAUCUCUCGUUCUUUUUAGUGUCGGAGCAUGGUGUGGUCUACGAGUACAACCUGCCGUUUCUACACGGAAAUAUAAAAAGCACCACCGUCGCUCUGCAUAACGGAACAUGGACGGAUCACGGUCGGCCAGCCGAUGCACCCGUGAUGGUUUCAGUUCCCGGCGUAGCUUUGAGCCUGGAGAGGAUCUUCUUUACACUUCAAGAUGGACGGCUUGGUGAGUUACAUCUAGACGGCUUUGGAGGUACCAGUGUAGGACCGAUAUCCCGUUCGAGCUUGGCGAAAAAACGGGAUGGAGACUACGUAUGGUCGGUGUUUGAGGCCCCGGAGAGUGAGGGUGGGAACUCCGACUACUGCUCGACGUCACUUGGACCUUCAAACUGCUUGGAAGGCAUUAUGGACAGAAGUAGUGACUUCACAGGUGAUCACAGGGAGCAGCAGCAGGGUAUUUUUCAUGGUGGUUCUACGGUACAGGAAUGGUUUCGAAUAGGAAAAGGUGGUGACCUCUUCCGGGCAAGGGCACUUCUUUUCGGAAAGUCCAUCUUUUUCGUUGGACGAGAUGGUGCGGCAGCAGAGCGGUUCUUCAACGGCAAGGUCUGGCUGUGGCUGCGGCACGACUUUGCCUUCCAGAUUCGUGCGGUAUUGGGAGUUUACAAUGCCAGCGUUUUUGUGACGGACUUCCAUGGAAGCUUGCUUAUGCGAGAGUGGAAUGGCAACGCUUUACAGUGGCUCAAUUGCUCGGCUCUCGUGGGGGGCUCGACAGUUAUCUCUGGUAGUCCCUGGGACGGCCAUUUCGGCGACGUAAGAACAGAUGCGCAGUUUUAUAUUUCUCCCGGUGGAGACUUGCUCGAAUUCAUCGUAGCGUUUCGAGCUUUUAGCUGGAAGAAUUGCGGUCACCCUCCAGAUACUCCGGUUGCUGCAAUUGUCGACCAGGAGGUCUUCAGAUACCGAGUCAUUUUUGUGAUUGGCACAAACGGGAAGCUGUACCAGUUCAAUCGGGUCACAAGCUUCUGGCACACUUACCAGCAGCAGCCUACACAGCUCCGGCUUUCACCGAUUCCAGGCGUGGUUUACAGGCCCAGCUUCCUCAGCACCUCCGGAUCCCUCUUCAUGCGCUCCGAGAAUGGAAACUUGGUGGAGUUCGGCUGGGAUUCAGCAAAUGGAUGGUUUUGGUCAGAUCACGGCACUCCAGCACCAAACAGCUACGUCGCAACCUCACCCGGCCCGUGCAUGGACGAAGAUGGCAGCGUUUUCGUGGUUUCUUCGACUGGAAGAGUGCACGCAAGGCAGCUUUUUGGUGGAAAAUGGAGAUGGCGGGACUUUGGGCAUCCUCUUGCGGGUGAAAGUGACGAGAAGAGGCAUGUCUUCGUGGUGGAAGAUUCAAAGACAGGGAAUGCGGCUGACUUGCUGGUUUCGUUUGAGGGCGAGUGCGAUACUACGAUCGAUUCGGUGCGUCCGGUGGCCUCGAGCAAAGACACGGUAGCGUUCGUUUUGAGAGAUGGCAGACUAGCAGAGCUCAAGCGAGACGGAGAUGGAUCCAACUGGGAAUGGGUGUCGAUCGUGGACACCCCAGCUUCGUCCUGUCUCUCAAGCUACUGGACACAAGACUCGUGAGAUCCAAAGUAAAGAUCUUCGCGAUAGCUCUAAGAACGAAGCAAGUAACUCACUUGUUCUUCGCGAUAGCUCUAAGAACGAAGCAAGUAACUCACUUGCUCUUUCAAUGGA